AUGAUUAUAUUGUUGUUAGAUUUUGUCAAUCCCGUAAAUGCUGCUGGCAUAAAUUUACGUGGUGUUUGCACAGCAGACGCUGGCAAAAUCGCAUCAUUAAAAAUCGGUCCCCCCAAAAAUUUUGAUCUUCAAGUGUCAUUUACAGCGAAAACUUAUACUCGUGGAACCCCAGUACUCAUCACAAUAGAUGUUAAUAAAGAUGAAAUCGAUGCAAUGUUAAUUUAUGCAUUUGGAAAAGGAGAUGAUAAAUUUCGUGUAGGAAUUACAUGUGGAAGUACACAAGCAGAUCAAAAUUCUACAGUGGUAGCAGUCGGUCAACUUGCAACGGUAGUAACUCUCAACUGGUAUCCACCAAAUUCUUCAGGAAACGGUGACAUAUCUUUUCGAGCUUUAGUAAUCAAUAAAAAUGGUUAUGAACUUAUAACUACAAAUUCACUUGCAGAUUCGACUCAUUCUCCUGUUUCUACUAAUGUUAAUACAGCUACUAUUACUAAGAGUAGUAGUGCAGCUUCAACUAAAAGUCAAUCAUUACCAUCAAAAACUUCAAUUAGUAAGGUUACUACUAAUGUUCCAGACCCAUACAGUAAUGCCAUUAGUGAUUUAUCAGAUGUCCCAAAUUAUUGUUCAGAUUGUGAAUCGUUAUCGGAUAAUGAAAACGACACAAAGGAAUCAUCAAUUGAUGUUAGUGAGUUGAUUGGAUUCACCAAUUUAAAUGAUACCAUCACUCAAGCUUUCAUUUAUAAAUUAAAAGAAUAUCAACUUUAUGAAACGAUGGCAAUUUUAAUUAAAAGUGGAAAAUUAAGAUUGGAUCAAAAUGAAAUACCAAAGAAAGUUCGUAAUAUGAUCGAACGUAAAGGUGAUAAUAUUCCUGAAUUGAAGAAUAUUCUUUCUAAAUAA